CCCGCAGGCAGCCGGCAGCCCCUCAGCUCUUUCUACCUCGGCGUCCUGACCCCGGAAGGACUCCGUCUCCCGCAGUCUGCGCUACCCUGCGCGAUGCGGCGGGAAGCCAGGCGGAGCCCAGCGCAGGUCCGAAGGAGAAGUCAUGUCAGAAGAAACAGUCGGUGAAUCACAGUUCUCCUUGAGGACAACAGCCCUAAGAGCGUUUGAUCGCCCUCUGUCUUGGUUCUAUUCUCUUUCCCAGAUCAAAUUUUCACCAGUAGCUAAAAAGUUGUUUGUGGUAACUGCUGUGAGUGCUAUAUCUGUAAUUUUUCUGGCCCAUCAUUUUAAAAGAAGACGUGGAAAAAAGAAAAGAAAACUGUUACCAUGGGAACCAGAGCAUCUCAUCCUUGAAUAUACUAAAAGAGCAGCAUCGGAUAAAGGUUCAAGUUGUUCCAGUAGUAGACAGAAUUUGACACUAUCAUUAAGUUCCACCAAAGACAAGGGAUCUCAGUCUUGUAACUACGCCAAUGGAGGACUCUUCAGUAAAUACUCAGGUUCUGCCCAGAGUUUGGCCUCUGUCCAGAGCGUUAAUUCCUGCCACAGCUGUGCUUGCGGCAAUUCAAAUUCCUGGGACAAAGCAGAGGACGAUGACGUUAAGCUUGUCAAUAUUCCCGUGACCACUCCUGAGAACUUAUACUUGAUGGGUAUGGAACUGUUUGAAGAGGCAUUGCGUCGCUGGGAGCAAGCCCUGACUUUUCGCAGUAGGCAGGCUGAAGACGAAGCCUGUAGCUCCAUCAAACUGGGAGCUGGAGAUGCCAUUGCUGAAGAAAGUGUAGAUGAUAUUAUUAGUACUGAAUUCAUCCAUAAACUUGAAGCUCUGCUGCAAAGAGCAUAUCGUCUCCAAGAGGAGUUUGAAGCUACGCUUGGGGGCUCUGACCCCAAUUCUCUUGCAAAUGAUACUGAUAAAGACACAGACGUGAACAUCAGGGGCAGCAUGGCUGACUUUGGCCUUCGUGACACCUUGGACAUGGAGCCCACAGAGUUCUUCACUUCUGCAGCAGAGCUUGCAGAACACAGAGGAGGCCGGCCUUCCUACAGCCUGGAGUCUUUUUGUCGCUGCCCUUUUUAUGAAGAAGCUAUGCACUUAGUUGAAGAAGGAAAAAUUUCAUCCAGAGUACUGAGAACCGAAAUGCUGGAGUGCCUAGGAGACAGUGAUUUCCUUGCCAAACUUCACUGUAUUCGACAGGCUUUUCAGGUGAUCCUCUCAGAAGCAGCCACCAGGACCUUCCUUGCUGAGAGUGGAAGGCAGAUCUUAUCAGCCUUAAUUGUGAGAGCACAAAAGAAUCCAAAGAAAUUUGAAGACGUUUUUGAUGAAAUGAUCUAUUUUUUAGAACAGACUGAUCACUGGGAUAGUACUGAAAUGGAAUUUGCUGCUAGAGGGUGUGCCCUCAUCGCUGAGAAGAUGUCAGUAGAAACCCGAGACUCAUCCUUCACCCCUCCCCUGGUGAAAAAUCUAAAUUUUUAUGAUGUGGUUCUGGAUUUUAUAUUAAUGGAUUCCUUUGAAGAUUUAGAAAACCCGCCCACAUCUAUACAGAAUGUAGUAAAUAAUCGCUGGCUGAACUCUUCCUUCAAAGAAACUGCUGUGGUCUCAAGUUGUUGGUCAGUGCUGAGGCAGAAAAGGCAGCAGAUGAAGAUCUCGGAUGGAUUUUUCGCCCAUUUUUAUGCCAUUUGUGAGCACAUAAGCCCUGUCUUAGCCUGGGGCUUCUUGGGCCCUAGAAAUUCUCUCUAUGACUUAUGUUGCUUCUUUAAGAAUCAGGUUCUUUUCUUUCUCAAAGACAUUUUUGACUUUGAGAAGGUACGCUAUUCAAGUAUAGAGACUUUGGCUGAAGACCUCCUGCAGCUGCUCAUCCGCCGCACUGAACUGUUAAUUGCCUAUCUUGGAGCAGACGCCCUGAGGCACACUGGGACAUGUACUAGUGGUCACGGUCCUGUUAUGUCCACUGGGCUAUUGGAAGCCAAAGUACAGUAAAUACUGUAAGGAUAGACGGUUUGAGAGUGCUUUAAACAUUUUAAGGUAAAGUUACAAAAUCAGCAGAAUUGGUGAACGUGGA